AGAACUCCCGCCCCAGAUUAGACAAAUUGAUUGUUCCACGCCCACCCUCAUACAGUAAGUCCAUCUCAAAUACUUUGGGCUUUAACUGUAGAAACCGGAAACUGUAAGGCGGAUAUUGUAACAGUGUUUACAAAAAAAAAGUUUCAUUUCAUAUCUUAACAUUACCCAAAACAAGACGACUCCAUCCUUAACCUAAAAACCCUCGUAAACUCGUGAACAAAACAGCCCAUUUUUGCAGACAGAAACAAAGCCGAGAAAGGAAAGCAAAAUAAAUGGAGGAUUUGAAGAAGAGAAAGAUGGAAGAGAUGGAAGAGAUGGGCAACAACGACCAGUUAUCAACUCAAGAAGAGCUACGUUCUUUGCUUGACCCUCUUGCUAAAUCCCAGCUCGUCGAUCUUCUUUCUAGACUAGGGUCCCAAUAUCCUUCGAUUGCUGAAGAAAUUAAAAGUAUUGCCAGUUCAGAUCCUGUACAUCGAAAGCUUUUUGUUCGUGGCUUAGCCUGGAAUACCACUUCAGAAACCUUGUGUGCUGCAUUUCGAAUGCAUGGAGAAAUAGAAGAAGGGGCUGUCAUCUAUGACAAAGCCACUGGAAAAUCUCGUGGCUAUGGUUUCGUUACUUACAAACACAUGGAGUCAGCGCAUAGUGCACUUGGAGCACCCAGCAAACUUAUUGAUGGCCGGAUGGCUGUAUGUAAUUUAGCUUGUGAAGGGUUAACUGGAGCAAGUACCACACCUGAUCUAGCUCAAAGGAAGCUCUAUAUUGGGGGCCUAUCACCAGAUGUCACAAGUGAGAUGCUCCUGAAUUAUUUUGGAAGACAUGGUGAGAUUGAGGAAGGCUCAGUUGCAUAUGACAAAGAUACAAAUGAAUCACGUGGAUUUGGUUUUGUUACAUACAAGACAAUCGAGGCUGCAAAGAAGGCCAUCGAUGACCCACAAAAGAUCCUUGGGGGGAGAACUAUCAUUGUGAAGCUUGCUGAUACCCACAAGGGAAAACCUGUACAAACACAGGCACCUGCUGCAGCUGUGGUUCCUCUUGCAAUGCCUAUGGCACCUGGCUACCCACAGCUCGGGAAAGCACACCCCUCUGCCACCCCUGCUGGCUAUGCUUAUACUCAACCUGUAGCACCAUAUCAAGCUUCUUCGUAUUCUAGUCCUGCUGCAGCACCUGCACCAUACCCAAGCCAAUCGACAAUUCCUUAUGCAUCAAUUGCUGCAAAGAAGGAUCCACAAGGAAUCCCACCAACUACCCCCAUGGGAAUGAGCGGUUACCCAUAUUAUAUUGGGAAAUAAUAAUAAAGUCCCAGCUCAUUCAUGGUGAUUUGUGAAGCUCCAUUGACGAGUACUUUCUUAAUGCAACUACUAGUUUUAUACUCACAGUUCACCAACAUGUUUGGUCUUUGCAGUUAGGUGACAUGAUGACCAACAUGUUUGGUCUUUUGCAAUUAGUUGUCAUGAUCGGUUGUAUCUUGAACCAACUUUGCGAGACCAGGUGUUGCACAUUAGAACAAAAAGAUCAUUGGGUUUGAUGUAGGAGAGCUUAAUGUUAGCAUUCCAUAAAUUUCCCUGGUUUCUUGUAGUUUAAGUCUAAUAUACUUUGUCUUAUUGAUAUUAUUUAGUGUGGUUUUUUUUUUUUUUGGUGGGGUCAAAUGAUCCUUUCAAACUUCUGUUAUGGGUCAAAUUUAAAAAUAUCGAAACAUUAAACGGAGCAGGCGGUGCGUUUUGAGCAGGGGUUAAUGAAAUAGUGCGCAUUAGCCUUUAAUGAAAA